AUUUGCCUUCAUUUAUUUCCUAGCGUCUUCAUACUUGGGUGUUUGGAACAAGUGAGAAGCGCACUGUUCUUCAUCCCAGUUCUCCUAAAUCUUGAUUUUGGAUUAUAAUGUCUCCAAAAGUUUUCCAGAGAGUGGCGCGUGACAGAAAUACAUCGGACUAAAUUACAUUUCUACAGCGAAUGGCAUGAUGUUGCGGAAUGCUUUGUUGUUUUGGCUUACAUUAUGUGCAAUAUAUUACGCGUCAGUCUACUCUGGCUCUUCCAUUGCGUUCAGCGCGUUCUCUCCACCUGCGAACGGGUCUCUCCGCACACCUGCCAACUUGACCGCCGGUCUCGUGCGGGAUGUGGAUCGGAUAUAUUACGGCGGAGGAAAAGCCGGUUAUCUUGUUUACAUGGACGAGAUGCGGUUUCAGUUGGAUAUGGAGCGGGAUAAGUCGAUUUUGUCUCGUCGCGUCAGUUCGAAAGUGCUCGAGAGAGAUGACGCGCCGCCUCUGCACCGGGAUUGCAUUUACCGCGGCACUGUAAAUUCGAACGCGGAAUCUCUGGCGGUUUUUAAUCUGUGUGGCGGGGGACUUGAGGGAUUUUUCGCUGUCGAUCACGCGCGCUACACCAUCACGCCGCUCAUUCGAGCGAGAGAACACGAGAAUGACAAGCACAUCGUCGAAGACGCUGACGCUACGCGCGCACUACACUAUUAUACCAGCGAGAGCUUCAGUUUCGAAGCGAUGCCCUCGCGUCACAGCUGCGGCACACGUGACCGCAAACGGCGCAAACGCAAGCGGAAUGUUAGAGGGAAAUGGAAAAGCCUCCGUCAGGAUUUUACUGAGUUGGAUGAGAGUGCGCGCGGGAGGAGGUGGUGGGCUAAAUUUACGAAGCCGGUCACGACGCGACGCAAGAGGUCCGUGUCUCGCGCUCGCCACGUUGAGUUGCUGCUAGUUGCGGACGAUUCUAUGACGAAGAAAUACGGAAAGGACCUGCAUCACUACCUGUUGACGCUCGCGUCCAUCGCGUCCAAACUAUACGGCCACGCCAGCAUUGAAAACCCCAUCCGUUUGUCGGUUGUGAAAGUCGCUUUUCUGACAGAAAAAGAGAAGGGGAUUGACGUGUCCAAAAACGCCGCCGUGACGCUCAAGAGUUUCUGUAAAUGGCAAAAUCAGCAGAAUCCGUUAGAUGACGACCACCAGCAUCAUCACGACGCCGCCAUCCUCUUCACCAGGCAGGAUCUGUGCGGGCAUCACUCAUGUGACACCCUUGGCAUGGCUGAUGUGGGGACCGUGUGUUCUCCAGAGAGAAGCUGCGCAAUCAUUGAAGAUGACGGCCUGCACGCUGCAUUUACCGUGGCACAUGAGAUCGGGCAUCUUUUGGGUUUGUCUCAUGAUGAUUCAAAGUUCUGUGAAGAACGCUUUGGUUCCACUGAAGAUAAACGUCUCAUGUCAUCUAUUCUGACCUCCAUUGACGCUUCCAAACCCUGGAGUCGCUGUACAUCCGCUACAAUCACAGACUUCUUCGAUGAUGGCAAUGCUGAGUGCCUGUUGGACCUGCCUCGUCAGUCUCUUCUCGGUCCAGAGGAGUUGCCUGGUCAGAGAUAUGAUGCCGUACAGCAGUGCCAUUUAGCAUUUGGUCUGGAGUACACUGUGUGCCCGGGUAUGGACGUGUGUUCCCGUCUGUGGUGUGCAGUCAUCAGGAAGGGGCAGAUGGUUUGUCUAACAAAGAAACUGCCCGCUGUAGAGGGCACGCCAUGUGGCAACGGCCGCAUCUGUCUACAGGGGAAGUGUGUAGACAAAACCCGUAAGAGACACUACUCGACGUCUAAUCAUGGUAGCUGGAGCUCUUGGGGUCCGUGGGGUUUGUGUUCUCGUUCGUGUGGUGGUGGCGUGCAGUUUGCGCAUCGUUUGUGCAACAAUCCACCUCCUCGCAACAACGGCCGUUACUGUAUGGGAAAGAGAGCAGUCUAUCGGUCAUGUAACGUCAUUCCAUGUCCUUCAACGAGUAAGAGUUUUAGACAGGAACAGUGUGAAGUUCGGAACGGCCCUCAGACUGACCCGAAAGGAGUGAAGACGUUUGUGGAAUGGGUGCCCAAAUUUGCCGGCGUGCUUCCUAAAGACGUGUGCAAAUUGACCUGCAGGGCAAAAGGAACUGGAUACUAUGUAGUGUUCUCAAAGCGGGUGAUUGACGGGACAGAAUGCAGACCAUACAGCAGUUCAGUGUGUGUGAAAGGAAACUGUGUUCGCACCGGAUGUGAUGGAAUCAUUGGCUCUAAACUUCAAUACGACAAGUGCGGCAUCUGCGGGGGGGACAGCAACAGCUGCAUCAAAGUGGAUGGAAAUUUCACCAAGAAGAGUAAGGGUUACACUGAUGUUGUGAAGGUCCCAGAGGGCUCGACACACCUCAAGGUACGACAGUACAAACCCAAAGGCCAAACACGUUACACGGCUUACCUCUCUCUGCGCCGCCCAGGUGGAGAUUAUCUUCUGAACGGCAAGUUCAUGAUCUCUACCUCCGAGACCAUCAUCCCCCUCAAUGGAUCUGUCCUCAACUACAGUGGGUGGAGUCAGCGGGAUGACUCCCUUCACAGCAUGGGCCCCGGAGCCCUACAGGAGAGCCUGGUGGUGCAGAUUCUUGCCACGGACUCUAAGAAGCCACUUGACAUCCGCUACAGUUUCUACAUGCCACUUAAAAUGCCUCUUCCACCUCGGACGUCUCCCACAUCUGUGGCCACCGCUGCGGCGUUGUCAUCAGUGGAGAUCUUGGUGUUUACUACCGAGGUUCCUUCGACGGAGCCUCCGUCAACUACGUCCUCUGGCCCGCGUUGGGUGACUGGAUCAUGGAUGACGUGCUCCAGAACUUGUGAUACGGGUUGGCAGAGUCGCACAGUGCAAUGCAAGGACCCACAUGGAAAGCUGGCAAAGGGUUGCCCACUCACCGCUAGACCCUCAGUAUUCAAACACUGCCUAAUUAAAAAGUGUUGAGAAUCUCUCAAUAAAACAAACUAAGGAAGGACCUUUUUUCUUGUCAACCAUGUUGAGUGUCCAACCAAGAGGCAGGCUUGAUGGAGCGCAUGGACGCUUACAUGACUGAUGUAUAAACGCUGUUCCUUGCUCUAAACAAAAUCACUGUGGAGUUCUGCUAGUGUUUAGAAUUGUGACUUGGAUGAGAAAUUCCUCCUCUUGCCUCAAGUGGGGCAAAAUGACCUUCAAACUGGUCUCUCGAUGCAGCCACACCCCAUUUCAUGAUGGCACUCCCAUUAUGGGUCCAGGUCAAAACCACACCCAUUUGACAAAACCACGCCCCUUAACGCAGGCUACUUAAGGAUCCACAACCCUUGCAUUCACACUGACAGUGAUUUAAUCGAUGCAGGUUGCUUAGUUGCUGUUAGUUGUGUAUGCGUUCGACUACAGUUUUUAACUGUAUCAGGCCGCUGUGCACUUCAUUUGUUGUAAUUUUUUACAUCACUGCUUACUUGCAUAAAGUCCAGCUGAGCUCAACUUUGUCAUAUCACCAACAGUUACCGUCACUUAUGUCGCCUCAAAUCACCAACUUUCAUUGAAAAAUGAAUAACUUCUUAUCACGUUGUUACAUUAAAUUGCUAUCCAUGUGGAUGCCCUAUCAAUAGUCCACAACCCUACUUAGGGUCCAGGAUGUUUCUAAGAUCUUCCAAUCCAAAAGAACCUUUUACUACAACAAAAGGGUUAUGCGGAAUGCUGAUCUUCUAGUGUUAGCCAUCCAGGAAUCAAUCAGUUAUUGCCUUCAGACGAAGUCAGAUUGCUUGCCACAUCUGGGAAUAUGACAGAAUGUCUGUCCCUAUUCUCAGUUUCAUGUAUAUGUGUAUGUUUUACUAUGAUCUAUUGUCAAUGUCUGUUUGAGUCUUAGGUCUAGGGUAUACUUUGUUCUUUUGUGUGCCAUUCCAUCUCACGUAUGGUCGAGUCUUAGCCUUUUAAAAUAUAUGAAGGUAUUCACUGCAAGUGCACUAUGACUGCUUUGUGAUACUCUUUAGCACAGUCAACAUCAGGCACAUAUGCGUAGACAAGGCAGAAUGUCUGCAUGUCAGGGAAAACUAGGCUGCGUACUGUGCUGAUAAUGAAAUUUUGUUACGAAAAGACAAACAGUUGUGUUCAUAAAUUAACACACCCCUUGCUGAAUCUAGAAGAUGGUUAGUAUUUUUUUUUUAAAUGAGAGAUUGUAAAAAUUAAAAAAUUGUAUUAUGUUCUAUUACUGAAGAUGCUGAAGAACAGAUAUUUAAGUAUCUUCCACAAAGACAAAAUUAUUACUGAAAUUACCCAAUUUAUCCUAUUAACCAAUAUACACUCUCUUGGUUCUUAAUGUCGUGUGUUGCCUCCUCGAGCGUCAAUGACACUUUGCAGCAGUUUGUGAUAGUUCUGUAUUAGUCACUCAGUUGUCCAGAGUGGCAAAGCUAGAUAUCAACAUCAAUGAAUCACUAUAGGGGUGAUCUCAAAUGUGCAGAACUUGCAAAGAAACCAAAGAUCUUGGAUGUUGAGAUUUUUGUGUAGAAAAGUGGAUGGAAUCACUGCCCAGGGCAAAUAAUUCUUCUUUUUUUUUUUUUUUUUAGGUCAAAUGGAGUAACCAUGAGAACAAUUCUUGAUAUUAGUCUCUUAGAAAUUUAUAUUUGUUAAAAAUUAUUUUUAUUAAUAAUUAAGUUGUGUACAUUCUCGUAUUUUCAAGUUGCAGAAAAAAUACUUCAAUACCAUUUACUUGAUGAUUACACCACUUUACAAGUUAUUACAUUUGUUUUUGUGUAGAAAUUCUGUAAAAGUUUUUUUUUUUAUUUUUUAUUUUUUUUUUCAAAAAUGUAUGAAACCAACAGACACAAAGAUUACAUUUCUACAUUCUUCUUGACAUUUUAAACUAGAUUUUAUUAUCUCUGACAACCUUUUUUUUUUUUUUUACUUUUUUUUUAAAUGUAAAUAUCUAUUGUCAAAUAGCUUCAUUCAGGCAGUACCAAAUAAAAAAAGAAAAGCAUUUUUAAUGAUCCAAUUUAGUUAAAAAAAAAGUUAAACAUCUGGCAGAUUCUGUGAGAGGUGUGUUAACUUAGCAGAACUGUAAAUAGGGCUCUAUUAUUUGUAAAUGUGUGUGACUGAAUGCCAUUUUCUCUGUUAAGAAUGACGAAGUGUGGCUUGGACACGCAACAACACCAGCCAAUCAUAUGCUCAGUCGCUCUGUUUACAUUCACAUGUUUAAAACCAAUUGACACACUUCAGUUAAAUCUCCUCUACAUUUCUCACAUCUUGCUUGAAACACUGAAAGAUGCUCAUACAAAUACACACCACUUCUGUGAGACAUGAUCAAACACAAGUUCAGUUUAUGAGUAACAGGGCUUAUCUGCAUUUAUGAUUUGAUUUAUUUCAGCACAGAUCCAUAUAAGAUCCAUAUAUAAUUGAAUUUGUAUUUAGUGAACUGAAAUGAACAUCUAUUGUUUUCAUUUGUAUGCAGUACUGUCUAAACAUCUCAAUGGGAAAUGGCCAUUUCACUGA